AUGAUCGCCUCUCAAAUUCUCAGAUCCACCGCUUCCAUCCAGCGCACAGUCGCUGCGUCUGUUCCAAAAACUGCGAACAAAGUGCUCUUGAGAGCGUCGCACGGCAGAAUCGGUCAAUCCUGGGCCGUUGCUGAGACCAAGAGACUCGUACCAACCGUUGCCGCAUAUUUUACUUUCAUCGCAUGUGUGCUGGGCUGGCCUUUCGCCGUCAGAGCCGCUGUUGCGCCAAAGCAGCUGUAUUAA